AACGCUACUCUUGGAGACCACUCUCUAAAUUUGGAUGCCUAGGACGGACUGAACGACGCCAGUUUGUCAGAAAGCUGCUCUAAAUUGGGUGACUAACAAAAACGGGAACAACAAAGCCAGGGGCUACCAAACUCCCAACUAUAAAUUCCGAGCUUAUCUUUGACCGCGGGUGAGGAUCUAUGAUAGUCAGCAGCUUGUGCGGGGCGUCGAACUCGUGACGUAUUCGAGCUUAAAGCUGCAGCUAUUUCUUCGUUAGAACCCUUGGAUGGCAUAAAAUUUUUAGGGCCUGCAACGAGAAAAAUGAUGUCCAAGGGUUUUUUUGGGUGGUCGCCACCGCACAUACAGCCAUUAACGCCUGUUUCAGAGGUCUCGGAGCCGCCUGAGUCGCCGUUGCCGAAUUUUGUGGAGGGUGCACAGAUCCCUGACGAUGAUGAGGGCCUCAUUGAUUUCACUGAAGAAGAAAUGGACCCUCCCCCUGCGGCUGUGCCUUUCUUAAGGCUUUUUGCGCACGCCUCUGCCUUUGAUUGGUUUCUUAUGGUCCUCGGUUCACUGGCUGCUGCUGCGCACGGUGCUGCUCUAGUCGUUUAUCUUCACUUUUUUGGACAGAUCAUUGAUUUGUUCACUCUUCUCGGCCCUCCCUUUGAAAGACAUGAACUGUAUCACAAUUUUACCAAGCAUGCUCUGUAUAUUGUUUAUAUAGCUGCAGGCGUAUUUGUUGUUGGGUGGAUUGAGGUAUCCUGCUGGAUUCUAACUGCAGAGAGACAGACAGCUGUCAUUAGAGCCAAGUAUGUUCAAGUAUUGUUAAAUCAGGACAUGAGUUUUUUUGAUACUUAUGGAAAUAAUGGAGACAUUGUAAGCCAAGUGUUAGGGGAUGUGCUUCUAAUUCAAUCUGCACUUAGUGAGAAGGUUGGCAAUUAUGUCCAUAACAUGGCAACAUUUUUUGGAGGCCUUGCUGUGGGAUUUAUAAAUAGCUGGCAGAUAGCUCUUUUGACAUUAGCUACUGGUCCAUUCAUUGUGGCCGCUGGUGGAAUAUCAAAUAUUUUUCUCCAUAGACUUGCUGAAAAUAUUCAAGAUGCAUAUGCAGAAGCAGCCAGUAUUGCAGAGCAGGCAGUUGGAUACAUACGGACAUUGUAUGCCUUUACAAAUGAGACAUUAGGAAAACAUUCAUAUGCAAAUUCACUCCAGGCUACGUUGAGCUAUGGUGUACAAAUAAGUCUUGUGCAAGGGCUUGGACUUGGCUUCACAUAUGGGUUGGCUAUAUGUUCUUGUGCACUGCAGCUUUGGUUUGGAAGGCUUUUGAUCUCAAAAGGGAAAGUGAGUGGUGGUGAGGUUAUUGCAGCCCUUUUUGCAAUAAUUUUGAGUGGCCUAGGUCUGAAUCAAGCAGCUACAAACUUUUAUUCAUUUGAGCAAGGCAGGAUUGCAGCACACAGACUUUUUGAGAUGAUAAGCCGGUCACCUGCAAGCAAUAAUCGAGAUGGGAAAGUAUUAAAUGGUGUUCAAGGAGUUAUUGAGUUCCGUAAUGUCUACUUUAGUUAUCUCUCUCGUCCUGAUAUCCCAAUAUUAAGUGGAUUUUAUCUCACUGUACCUGCCAAAAAAACUGUAGCCAUUGUUGGCAGGAAUGGUUCUGGUAAAAGUAGUAUUAUUCCAUUGAUGGAGAAUUUUUAUGAUCCUACUUUGGGAGAAAUUCUGCUGGAUGGAGAAAAUAUCAAAAAUCUUAACAUUGAGUGGUUACGAAAACAGAUAGGAUUAGUAACUCAGGAGCCUGCUCUUUUAAGUUUAAGCAUCAAGGAUAAUAUUAUUUAUGGACGGGCAAAUGCAACUAUGGAUCAAGUUGAAGAGGCAGCGAAAAUUGCACAUGCUCACACAUUCAUUAGCUCACUUCCCAAUGGAUAUGAUACUCAGAUUACCAGAAGUGGGCUAUCUUUGACUGAGGAACAAAAAAUAAAAAUUGCUAUUGCUAGAGCUGUGCUGUGCAAUCCUUGCAUUCUGCUGCUUGAUGAAGUGACUGGUGAACUUGAUAUUGAGGCAGAACGUGCUGUUCAAGAAGCUUUAGACAUACUGAUGUUGGGGCGUUCAACUAUUAUCAUAGCUCGUCGUCUUAGCCCAAUUCGUAAUUGUGAUUAUAUAGCAGUUAUGGAAGAGGGCCAGCUUGUUGAAAUGGGCACACAUGAUGAAUUGUGCACUGCUGAUGGCUUAUAUGCUGAACUCAUUCAAUCUGAAGAGGUGGCCAAGCUUCCUAAAAGGACUCCAGUCAGAAGUUAUAAAUUGGCAAGUUUUGAAAUAGAAAAGGAUAUAUCUGCUACUCAAAGCCAGGAUCCAUCUCCUGUAAUGUCAAAGUCACCAUCUGUUCAAAGAUAUAAUGGAGACUAUGGUUUAAGGCAGCCUGAUGUGAAUUCUGAUGCAUGCAAUUCAGCAAAAUUACAGGGUUCACCAUCAGAGAAAACACAAGAAAAUGUAGCUCUAUCAGAUGCACUCAUGAGAAUGCCUUCUGUGAGGAGACAAGAUAGCUUUGGCAUGUGUUUGCCAUCAUUACCUAGACUAGAUAUGCAGAAAAUUCAAUGCCAAUCAACGAAUAAUUCAGAUCCAGAGUCACCUGUUUCACCUCUUUUGUCAUUCGAUGCCAAAAAAGAACAAUCACCCUCAAAGAGAUGCAGAAAAUCUUCUUCUUGCUUUGAUCAAUCAGGCGUCGAAGAGGAAACCUCAAAAAAUUCCCAAAUUCUUCAGCCACCAUCUGUAUGGAGACUUGCAAAAUUAAGCUCUCCAGAAUGGCUUUAUGCUCUUCUUGGUAGUGUAGGAGCUGCCAUUUUUGGAUCUUUCAAUCCGCUACUUGCAUUGAUUCUUGUUCAGAUUGUGGAGGCAUAUUCAAGAAUACAUGGGAAGCAUGCCAAACAUGAGGUAGAAAAGUGGUGCUUGUUAAUUACAAGUAUGGGUGUGGCAACUGUGAUAGCAAACUUUUUGCAACACUUUUACUUUGGUAUAAUGGGGGAGAAGAUGACAGAACGCAUUCGUAGAAUGAUGUUUUCAGCAAUAUUGCGAAAUGAGGUUGGCUGGUUUGAUGAAGAAGAAAACAAUGCAGAUUCAUUGUCUAUGCGAUUGGCAAACGAUGCCACCUUUGUUAGAGCAGCAUUUAGCAAUCGCAUGUCAAUUCUUGUCCAAGAUGCUACAUCCGUCAUUGUUGCUAUUGCCAUUGGAGUGAUGCUGGAGUGGCGCUUGGCACUUCUGGCAUUGGCCACCUUACCCCUUAUUUUGGUUUCAGCAUUUGCACAGAAAAUGUGGCUUGCUGGAUUCUCAGGGGGUAUCCAAGAAAUGCAUAGGAAGGCUUCCUUAGUUCUGGAGGAUGCAGUUAGAAAUAUUUAUACUGUUGUUGCAUUUUGUGCUGGAAAAAAGGUGAUGAAACUCUAUAAAGUACAGUUGGACUGUAUUCUUACACAGAGCAUUUAUUAUUCACAGCUAAAAGGAAUUGCUUUUGGUGCAUCACAAUUUCUUCUUUUUGCAUGUAAUGCUUUUCUGCUAUGGUAUGCAUCCAUGGCUAUCAAGAGGGGCCAUGGUGACAUUGCUAGAAUCUUGAAAGAAUACAUGAUACUUUCAUUUGUAUCUUUUGCACUGGUAGAACCUUUUGGAUUAGCUCCAUACAUUUUGAAACGCCGCAAGUCACUUGUUUCAGUUUUUGGAAUUAUUGAUCGGAAACCUAAGAUUGAUUCAGAUGAUGCAUCUGGAUUGAAGCUUCCUAAUGUGUAUGGAACAAUUGAGCUGAAAAAUGUUGAUUUCCAUUAUCCAACCCGUCCAGAAGUGACAAUUUUAAGUAAUUUCAACCUCAAAGUGAAUGGUGGUCAAACUGUUGCUGUAGUGGGAGCUUCUGGAUCAGGUAAAAGCACAUUAAUUGCACUUCUUGAGCGCUUUUAUGACCCGGUUGCUGGUCAAAUUUUUCUGGAUGGGAAAGAUAUCAGGACGUUAAACUUGCGCUGGCUUCGAAGUCAUAUGGGUCUUGUUCAACAAGAGCCUGUUCUCUUCUCUACUUCCAUACGGGAAAAUAUAAUUUAUGCUAGACACAAUGCAAGUGAAGCUGAGAUGAAGGAAGCAGCGCGGAUAGCAAAUGCACAUCACUUCAUAAGCAGCUUGCCACAUGGAUAUGAUACCCAUGUCGGUAUGAGGGGCAUUGAUCUCACUCCUGGUCAGAAGCAAAGAAUUGCUAUUGCUAGAGUUGUUUUGAAGAAUGCACCAAUAUUGCUGUUGGAUGAGGCAAGCUCUAAUGUGGAGUCAGAGUCUAGCCGUGUGGUGCAAGAAGCUUUAGGUACGUUGAUACUGGGGAACAAGACAACACUUAUCAUUGCACAUCAUUUUGCAAUGAUGCGGCAUGUAGACACAAUUGUUGUAUUAAAUGAUGGCCGUAUUAUUGAAGAGGGUACUCAUGAUUUUCUGAUGGAAAAGAAUGGUCUUUAUGUGCGUCUGAUGCAGCGUCAUUUUGCUAAAUCCCGUUGGCAACAUAGAUUGUUUUAGUGUUUGCAAGGAGAGUGGGAACAAUUACAUUCUAUUUCUUCCAGAGCAGAGCCAUUCUAUUGCAAAACUGGCUAUGUUAAUUUCUGGCAAAUAUUUGUUACUAGGAACUGUGCUUCAUAUUCUCAAAUGAGGUUAAUCACUUUAUCAGCUACUUUGUCAUGAAGGACAGUUCCUCUUGGUUGAGGUGAUCCUAUGCUGAAAGAUUCUGAAAAAUAUGGUUGAAUAUUUCAGAUCCUUGUGAUGACAAUGCUCUCUGCUUUGGUUGGUAAUUGUACACUCUUUUCUCUUCAGGUUGGCUAGAAGGAAACUGUCCUCCUUACUUCAGUGAAGAAAAGAACAUGUUGGAUUGAGAUAUUCAAAUGUUGACAGAGAUUUAAUUGUUAUUGAACUUUGCAACAUUGGCUCUUUUGAUGCAUGAUGCAAGUCAUGGAUCUAAGGUUCUCAAGUAGGGAGCAAAUGAGUUAUCUCUUGUCAAUUUUGAGAGCCAAGGAUACCUGGAAUCUAUCCUAGGCACCUAAGUGAUGACAUCCUCUCAUGAAGUACAUGGUGCAUUGGAUUCAUUCCAUGUAUUUUCUCAAAAAGUCAGUAUCUUCAUUGGGAUUUGUGGAUUUAAUUGAACUUGAAGUUGGCUCAACUCGUUUGGCUCUAUGUUGUGUCAGCUUGUCUCUGCUAGUGAUAUUUUGUUGGCACCUAAUUGGCGGCAACCCUUUAUGGGGUACAUGUACAUGUACAUGGUUGGUUGGAUUUACUCCCAUGUAUCUUCUUAGAAAUUUACCAUGUUCAUUGCGAUUCUUGUAUUUAAUUGAACUUGACAGUGUAGGUCAAUUCUUUUGGCCUCGUGUCAGCUUGCCUCUGCUGGCUGGAUUUCAUUGGCAUGGAUAUCAGUAUUAUAUUCUUGUACCAGAUACAGCAUUUUCUUCUCAUGUAGCAUACACCUCUCCCUGAAAGUUCAAUCAUUUUUUAAUUCUGCUCGAGGAUCAGCUUGCAAGCGAGUUCAUGUCUGCUGGAAGAGGCAUGCAUGAUUGUUGUGUCUGCAAAAACUGAUUUAAUUGCCUAAAUAUUCCAUGACUUGUUUAUGCAGGUUUAUGGCAUAUUGAAACUACUGGGUGUAGUCAGUAUAUGGGAGGUUCAAUGUUCAUUACAUGUUGAGGAAAUUCAGCUCCAGUUCUACAAAUUUUGAUUCAAUUAUAUCCUUUUGCUUGUUAUUUCAAGAGAAAUUUUAGUAUUUUAUGCAAUUUUAACAUUUCUGAGUUUGAUGUAGAAGCAAAUGGAAAGCUUGUGUAAAAUAUACCAGGGUAAUGCAAUUUGCCAUCAUAUUAAACUAAGGUUUUUACCAAUGGUAUAGUGGCAAGGUCAGUAUCUUUAUGGUGGAUCAGCUGGUGGAUAAGUAAUCAUUUGUUUGGGCAUGUUUCGAAGAUCUGCAUAUUCAAAUUCGCCAAGUUGAGUACCAUUGCAAAUAUUGAGAAGACGUUUGUUAUUAUAGGAAAAAAACAGACUGGAAUGUUUUAUAACUGUUGUUUUCAAAACAAAGUUAUCGUCAAAUGCAGAGCUCAGAUAAAUCCUGAGAAACAUUUUAGUAUGGUUAAUAUCAUCACAAUUUUGAGGUUUAGAGCUGAUGCUGAUAUAUUCUGGAAUAUAUUGUCACAUUGUUAUUAUGGAGAAGAUGUUUGUUAUUAUAGGAAAAAAACAGACUGGAAUGUUUUUAUAACUGUUGUUUUCAAAACAAAGUUAUCGUCAAAUGCAGAGCUCAGAUAAAUCCUUAGAAACAUUUUAGUAUGGUUAAUAUCAUCACAAUUUUGACGUUUAGAGCUGAUGCUGAUAUAUUCUGGAAUAUAUUGUCAUAUUGUUAGAAGCAAAACCAUGUUUAUUGCAGAAGCUGCAUUCUCGAAACACCUUGCCUGUAAAUAAUUAAAAAGGGCUUAUAAAAUAUGUUUCCGUGUGUAA